AUGUGUCACAAGACGAUGGCAAUCUUCACGGUGUGUGCGCACUCCCAGAAGGUCCCAACAAUCAAGUGCGACAUGGCUCAAUGGUGGAAGCCCAUGCUAUACAAGGAUCCAUGCAUCGUCACGAGAUUUGCAGAGCUGACCCGCGGUUGGUGUCCCGAGUGCGAAGCCGUCUUCCAGGCCAAUGCUGUCAACAGCGGUGUGGCCAAAGACUUUGACCCCCGAUCUGCCGAGUUCAUCUCGCGGUACUGGGCCUACAAGAGCCAGGCGGGUUGGGUAGGCCCCGUGGAUGCCACUCGCUUCCCCAAUGAUCUGGUUGAGAGAAAAGAUGAGAUCGUCUGCAACACGCUCGGCGAUACUCGAUAUGAGAUUUAUGCCCUGCGGCGUGAAAUUGAGGUCUACCGUGCUGACAGGAUCUGCAUUGAGAAGCUCAGUUGCGUAGCCCCCGGCCCAGCUGAUUUCCCUGCUAUCAUCGACAAGGCCCGUCGCCUCACCCUCGAAUGGGGUCUCCUUGGCGAAAUGGAUGAACCCUCGUUCCCUAAACUCAGUUCGUUUCCCCCUAAGUCAAAGGCUGUAGACAUGGCUAAACAAGAUCAGAAAGGCAAGGCUUCUGAACAGGUUGCCCAAUGCGAAGUCUGCAAUGGGAGUCACCCUGAGUAG